AUGUCUGCUGAAACACCGACAGAAACAACCACUCUACUAGGACAGCAAGAAUGUGCCAAAAUUAAUAUUAGCUCUAGCGAUGAAGCUGUCCAAGCGAAGAUCGUGAAUCCUUCCAAAGAUGCUCAGUCUAUUCCGAAUCGGAUUAAAAUUAUUGUCUUGUGUAUAUUAUUUACCGAAUUUGCCGAAAGUAUUGCAUUUUAUAGUAUUGCUGCCAAUCUUAUAUUAUUUGCCAAUACACAUUUGGGCUUUACGAAUACACAAGCAGCGACAUUAAGUUUUAUCUACGUUGGCACAGGUUAUGCUCUCCCUAUAUUAAGUGGGUACUUAGCGGAUUCCCAUCUUGGCCAGUAUAACACCAUGUAUCUUGGUGGCCUAAUUUAUAUUGCGGGUAUCUUAACCGUCUUCUUAAUGACAGUGCCCUAUCAACUGCCUUUCUCUACCAGUGCCAAAACAUCUUAUUUUAUUGUUGGUCUAAUUUUGGUAGCAAUAGGGACUGGAGGUAUUAAAUCGAAUAUUUCACCUUUUGGUGCAAGCCAACUGGAAAGUUGCGGCCCAGUUUAUGUCCAAAGAUUUUUUGCUUGGUUUUACUUUUCUCUUAAUUUAGGAUCGCUAAUCUCAUUCACUGUCGUAGCCUACAUACAACAAAAUGUAAGCUUUUUCUAUGGCUUUAUGAUUCCUUCUAUUGCUAUGAUAUUAGCCGUGGCCGUAUUUGCAUCAGCCCGAAAAUACUACGAACUCUAUACUCCAAAGGGUUCGUUACUUGGAGAAGCGCUAAGUAUCACAUACCAAAGUUUUAAAGUUAGACUCUCCAAGCGGACUAAUAUUAUUGAUAAAAGCAAUAUCCAAAGUUUCUUCGAUUACGCAAAAAAAGAGAAUGGGGGAAAAUUUGAUGCUCAUCAAGUGAAUAGGAUCAAGCCCUUAGGACGCGUAAUACCCGUCUUCCUUCUAAUAGUCUUGUUUAGAACGGUUUACUUUCAGAUGUCGACAACAUGGUUUAUACAGGGGGAAUCCAUGAAUUUACAGCUAGGCAAUAUCAAGCUACCAGUAGCGUUACUCUCUACUUUUGAUAUUAUUUCCGUGAUGAUUUUUAUCCCAGUUGUAAAUUAUGGCGUGUACCCUGCAUAUCAAAAGAUAUUUGGCAAACGCAUUUCCCGAUUUCGAAGGAUGGGAACCGGUAUGGUAUUUGCUGCUCUUGCUAUGCUUGUCGCUGGAAUAGUUGAAAGCAACAGAUUAAAAAAUGUAUACGAAAAUCCAUUACCUCAGACAGUUUCUGGUAAGACAUUCAAUGCUUCUGCGAAUAUUACCGUCCUUGCUCAGGUACCCCAGUUCGCGUUAAUUGGACUAGGUGAAACUUUUACUAGUGUAACAGGAUUUGAAUUUGCAUAUUCUGAAGCGCCAGAGGAGCUAAAAGGGAUUAUGACAGGACUCUACCUUUUGGCCAUCGGUUUAGGUGGUUUUAUAGGUCCUCUCGUGAUUACGAUAAUUAAUGCUAUAACCUACGAUCCUAAAGUUGUAAAUUCCAAGUGGAUUCCUAAAAAUACUAAUAAUGGUCACCUUGAUUAUUAUUUUUAUUUUUUAGCAGGUAUUUCGUAUAGUAGCGUCUUAAUAAAAUAA